UCUACUUCCGGGCUGGCCCGUCACCGCCCCUCUGUCGACGUCAGGUUGUCCCGGCGACGGAGGGGCGGGGCCUGCGGGGGCGUGCCCGGCUCCCUUCAAAUUCCGGCCCUCAGCCAAGCGUAGCAUCAAUUCUCGCGAGAACUCGCAGGCGGCUAGCACCCAGCUCCGGGUACCUGCCCUUCCUGUGCCGGCGUCGGCGGCAGGGUGCGCAGGCGCGGCCUUCGUGUUUCCUCGGCUACAGUCGGCUGCGCUUCGACCCGCUAGUCCGCCGCCGGCUCUUCCGCCGCCCUGCGCCAUGGCGGGCUGCGCGGCGCGGGUUCCGCCGGGCUCCGAGGCGCGCCUCAGCCUCGCUACCUUCCUGCUUGGCGCCUCGGUUCUCGCUCUGCCGCUGCUCACGCGCGCCGGCCUGCAGGGCCGCACCGGGCUGGCGCUCUACGUGGCCGGGCUCAAUGCGCUGCUGCUGCUGCUUUACCGGCCGCCGCGCUACCAGAUAGCCAUCCGAGCUUGUUUCCUUGGCUUUGUGUUUGGCUGCGGUGUGCUGCUAAGUUUCAGCCAGUCUUCUUGGAAUCACUUUGGCUGGUACGUGUGCUCGCUGUCAUUAUUCCACUAUUCUGAGUACUUAGUGACAGCUGUCAAUAACCCCAAAAGUCUCUCCUUGGAUUCCUUCCUCCUGAAUCACAGUCUGGAGUACACGGUGGCCGCUCUUUCUUCCUGGAUAGAGUUCACACUUGAAAACAUCUUUUGGCCAGAACUGAAGCAGAUCACCUGGCUCAGCACCACUGGGCUGCUGAUGGUGGUGUUUGGAGAAUGCCUGCGGAAAGCGGCCAUGUUUACAGCUGGCUCCAAUUUCAACCACGUGGUGCAGAGUGAGAAGUCAGACACCCACACUCUGGUGACGAGCGGGGUGUACGCCUGGUUCCGGCAUCCCUCCUAUGUGGGGUGGUUUUACUGGAGUAUCGGAACUCAGGUGAUGCUGUGUAACCCCAUCUGCGGUGUUGUCUACGCCCUGACGGUGUGGCGCUUCUUUCGUGAUCGCACGGAAGAGGAGGAGAUCUCGCUGAUUCACUUCUUUGGGGAGGAAUACUUGGAGUAUAAGAAGCGGGUGCCCACGGGUCUGCCUUUCAUAAAGGGAGUCAAGGUGGAGCUAUGACGGGCAGAGGCCUGCGGGCCCAGGGAAUCUCUGGCCCUGCGCAGCCUAGGACAGAACUGCUUCCAGUUGGCCUCUGCAGAAUGAGUUUCUUAACCAUUUUAUAUGUCACUAAUUACUCCUCAGAAUGUCACCCAAGACCUAACAGUCAGAAGGCCUUAGGACCACAGGGCCCACUGCAGCAUUCUCUUGUGCGGAAAGAAGGUAGAACACGGAUAAACAGUGAACAAGGAGUGUGUCACAACUGUCCCAUCAGUGUCCUUUCUGCAGUGGCGGGGUGAGGACCCACACCGCAGUCUCACGCCCCCUCAGGCUAGAGUGUAUUGGCACUGUGACCAGGACAUCGGGAGAGGACACUGCCCUCUGCAGCACUCAUGCCAGAAUGUGUAGUCAGAGCUGCCUCAUAAUAGCAUUCGAAUGACAUCAAAACCCUUUAAUUUAAGCGAAAACACAACAUAGCUUUAACCUUGUCUGCCCUAAGUGCAUGAGCAUCUGUGUUAACUCCAAAGGCUUUGACACUUUGGCUCAUUAUACAUUUAAUCAUUCUUCCACGCCAGUUUCCUAAAAAUAGCAGUGUAGAUUCAGAGGGAUACCAAUGCUCCCCGUCUCUGUGUUUCAAAGCCAACGGGCAGCACAGACUCCUCAGAGUGCUCCGGGGCUUUGAGCAACCAUUGCGCUGGGCCUGAGGAUGCGGGCCCCGGGGUCUCCUGCAACCCUGGCCUCAGAGAUUGUAUUUCCAGAAAGUAUUUUUCAGGUGCCUGCGCUAAUGUUGAGAAGUACUGCCCUCUGUGUGUUUGGGAUUUUUAUUCAUUUUAUCAUAACUUGUGUUUUGUA